GAAUUCUGACAGCCUGAAACUUACAUAGGAGCGGCUACAUAGCAUCACUCCGUCCGCAGUUCUUGCUUAGUGGUCUUUGUUUCUCACCAUGUCGGCGAAAGAGCUAGAUGGACGAAUUCUCAAGAGAGCAAACCCAAAGACAAUACAGGACAAAUUUCUAGUCGGAUAUCAGGGAUGGUGUGUUCAAUUAUCACUUAGAUGCAAGCCCGUGGGCCAUACAUGAGUGCCUCCGUAGUGGUCUAAAGUCGCGGACGCAUGAUGAGUGUCGCAUAUAGUGAGCCGCAUACUCAACACUGCUUUUACAGGUUCACCUGCAAUGGAGAUGGCGAGCCAAUAGACCCUAACCACCAUGGAUGGCUGCACUGGUUUGAUAAACCCAUCCCGGACGGCGGACGCCCCAAUACCGACCUAUGGCCAGAUGUAUCCGAAUACUCCCCAUCCGAGCUAUUCCCCGCCCCAGGUCUCAAAAAUGCAGACGGAGAACAGAUGCGCCAUUUCCACUGGAUGGCGUUGCACGGCCAAUGUGACAUGGAGGCGGGCUCUGGACCAAUCAGGAAAAUCAGAGAUGAAGUGGGAGAUCGUGUUAGAGAGGCUGCUGAAGCAGAGGGAAGGGUCUUUGCCAUCAUGUAUGAUAUCCAGCGGGUGCUCGAGCAAGAUUGGAUGCAUCUCAUGCGUGAUCAAUGCAUUCUAGACAGCCCCAAUUACCUUCGGGAGAAAGGCAAACCGGUCAUCGCUCUAUGGGGUUUUGGGUUCAACGACAGAAACCACUCUCCAGAGGUCGUCCGAUCUAUUACUAAUUUCUUUCGUUCCUCCACACCAGGCGGUGCUUAUCUUAUGGCAGGUGUACCUGGACACUGGCGCACAUCAACAUCUGAUAGUGACCGAAACCCCGAGUUCCUGAGGGUCUGGACAGAAGAAUUUGAUGCUUUGAGUCCUUGGACUAUUGGGCGUUACGGGAAUGAAGAAGAUGCGGAACGUUGGGGGAAUGAGAAAGUUAAACCGGACUUCGAUUUUUUGAAGAAGAGAGGAGACGAAGGGGGGAAAAGAGUAGAUUACAUACCUGUGGUGCUUCCUGGAGGCAGUGGCUAUAAUCUCUCUCGCGGACAAUGGGGACUUAAUGACAUAAAGCGUAACGGGGGUCACUUUCUCUGGAAACAAAUAUAUGCUGCACGACACGCAGGGGUGCGCAUCAUUUACGGGGCUAUGUGGGACGAAUAUGACGAAGGCACGGCAUUUAUACCUGUCGUCUCUUCUUCUAAGGAACUCCCGGUUCAUCCACAGUUCAACUUUCUAGCACUCGACGCCGAUGGCCACUCGCUUCCGUCAGACUGGUAUAUGCGCAUAGCUGGGUUCGCUGCUGAAUCAUUACGCGGUGAGCGUAUGUUACACGAGACAUUUCCCGUCAAGGAGCUACAGGACUACUGGGCGACUCGCCCCAGGUAUGAGGACAAGACAACUCAAGAGGAAGAGGCCGAGCAAUGGAAUCAAGCUCAAAGAGCAUACCGUGACUGGGCUGCAAAAGAGGGAGGUGCAGCGGUAGAUGAGGUUCCUCCGCCACCAUAUAGACUGGAAGAUGAGCCACACACAGAGAGUCCUCAGGCAGCCAUCGGACCGCUUCCUCUAGCCAGCGGUGCAUUGAAUACCAGGCCAGUUCCGCCUGAAGCCACCAAACCCACUCUCAGCCAUUCAUCCGGUGCCUCAGUCUCCUUUGGGUCACCACCACCUCUUCCAGCCAGGAGUUCAUCACUGACCGCGAGUACGUUAUCGGGGAGCAGCCCACCUCCUGCCGUUAACAUGAGCUCUCGCCCUGCGCCCCCUUUGAUGCCAACAAGACCAGUGUAUCCCCCCGACAAGAUGGAGGUGGUCAUGCGCCCCCAGCAGCGACCAAGCUCCUCGCAUUCCCCUUUCAGGCCAUCGUCUCGGGUUUCUUCUCCUCUCCCCGCGCCUGCAUCCCCUACUGUGGGCCAUCUAGCCGACGAUCUCGCUCGACAGAAAUUAUCAUACCCUCAGGCAGGACCGCAGCAGUCCUAUACGUCAGGAAUUUCCUCUAUAUCUUCUUCUUCAGUAAUGCAAAUGCCUUCCGUGGAAGCGAGCCUAAGGCGUCGUAGCACCUCACCCGCACCUAUCGUUUCUCCGCGCCCGCCAGUUUCGCCAGUACCUAUUGCAUCAUGGUCCCAGUAUCCUAGUCAACAACAACUUCAUCAUUCUCCGUACAAUGCUCCGUCUUAUCCCCCUGUGCCACCCCUCGGUUCCCGCCCCUCACCCACACCCCAGGGGAAGCCUUCCACUAUAGGCGGACCAGUAUACGAUCGGUAUGAUGCCAACGUGCACCCGCACGAUCCUGCCUCUUUCCCCCGCGUAGAACAAUAUUAUCCGACAGACGGACCUUACAUGGCAAUGGACAAGCCAGCACAUUCCUACCCCGCCUACUCCGCACCAAACCCACUUGCGCAAGACUACUACCAACACCAAAUUCCGCCCGGACAACCUCAGCCUGGUGGUUCGCACUCUCCCCGACCCUACCCUCCGCCUGAAUGGGGGAUCCCAGGGUCGCCUCCGCCCACAGCGCACCGUCCUCCCACGCAUCCGCAGUCUCAGAGCUAUUACGCCCCGAACCAGUCGGCACCGACGUGGACAGGCAAUGGUGGAGGGGGUGGGUUCGGUCUCGCGGGGCGUGCACUAGACACGGUCGAAGGCCUCGCGGGGAGGGAUGCGAGGAGACAGCUGGAGACUCUUGCGCAGAGUGAGUUUGCUCCUGAUCACCAUUAUGCGGGUCGAAACUUACUGAACAAGUUCAAAUGAUGUUGGAUCUCUUAGGAACUCAGCAGAAAUGCUGCUACUCACUUCCUGACUUUGUAUUUUUUAUGGAUAUUUCUGAUUGUAAGUACAUGAAUAAUGAUUGUUGUACUGUGGUACGCGUAUUCGAUAGCAAUGAUAUUACUUAGUACUUACUCCAUUGAAUGAGAGACGAUUAUGGUGUUGUGCGUCACA